AGCGCUGGAGAGGCAGAUCUUCGACUUCCUGGGGUAUCAGUGGGUGCCCAUCCUGGCUAAUUUUUUACACAUUAUGGCUGUCAUCCUGGGCAUCUUUGGGACCAUCCAGUACAGAUCCAAAUACCUCAUAAUGUACGCAGCGUGGCUGGUGCUGUGGGUUGGAUGGAACGCAUUCAUCAUCUGCUUUUACCUGGAAGUUGGACACCUGUCACAGGACCGGGAUUUCAUCAUGACCUUUAAUACCUCGCUGCACCGCUCGUGGUGGAUGGAGAAUGGGCCCGGCUGCCUGGUGACGCCGGUGAUGAACUCAAACCUGGCCCCCGAGGACCAUCACGUCAUCACUGUCACCGGAUGCCUGCUCGAUUACCAGUACAUCGAGGUAGUGAGCAGCGCCAUGCAGAUAUUCCUUGCGCUCUUUGGAUUCGUCUAUGCCUGCUAUGUCAGCAAAGUAUUUAUGGAGGAAGAAGACAGCUUUGACUUCAUCGGAGGAUUUGAUUCCUACGGCUACCAGGCUCCACAGAAGACGUCACACUUACAGCUACAGCCUUUGUACACAUCUGGGUAACUCUCUUGCGCCCUGGAAUCCGCCCCCUCCUGGAUCUUCAUGGGAAUGCGAGGUGGCGGGAGGCCCCGAACGAUUGCGAACUGUCCCGAAAGCAACAACUAAACACGCCAAAGGCGAGGACAGCACGGAGCCAACACCCUGGGUUCAUCUUGGUUUCCUUUUAUUUUCCUUCUGGGCAGUUGCACAGUUUUCAGGGACUUGCUGCAACACCAGAGAAACACACACACACACACACACACACUUUUCUGCUCAGACUGAGGGACCAAAAGAGGUGCAAUGGCUCCAUCUGCUGGCUACUGUUCAAAUCUCACCAGUAGCUGUAACUCCAAUGACAGCAAGGACCACGGUGGAAAACCGAUAUUUUCAUGGAGGAUGGGGAGAAGAUUCUGUCUAAGGAACAGCUUUAUUCAUCAACACCCUGACUGGACUCCUGCCGUCCAUCCAUACAGUUAUGUCAGCUGUUCUGAUCUGAACCCCUGGCGCCAUGGCUUGGCAAUACGGAUGGUGGAUUGAGUAGCUAGCAAUGCAUCAGGUAUCUGUGUUUAAGGCAAGGUGAAACUGACCAGAGGAGGGUAGGUAGGAUCUCAAUUAACUAUUUUCUUCUUUAAUUUUAUCCACAUCUUUAUUUGAACUAGUGUGUCCCUUGUCAGUGUAGAUAAGUGCCAAUCCGAAAGGACAUUUCAUGGGGCGCGGGGGCAAAAUAUUCUGCACUUAAUGAAUUCAGCACUGGUGGGAGGAAUACACUCUGUCAGCUGGCUGGCAGUGAGAGCUGGCUGCUUCUUGCCUCUGGUAAACGGCCACAGCACCCCACUCACCCCUGAGGCGCAGCCAGAAGCUGCAGUGUUGCCAGCUCUUGCGAUUUUACCACAAGGCUCACGACAUCUGGUUAGUUUCUUAAAGCUCCAGCUUCUGGAAUCAAGAGACUGCAGGAAAAUCUCAGCUUUCAUGCCUAAAAAGGGAAGUGUCUAGCUGUGCUGAUUUCAGAGAAAAGCCUGAAAACUAGGGCUGUCAAGGGAUUCAAAAGAUUAAUGGCAAUUAACCGCGCGAUUAAUCGUGCUGUUUACAAUAAGAGAAUACCAU